UUCGGUCAUUUGUGGGAAAUUUCUUUUUUCGUAGUAGAGUUGAUUUUUUCUUUAUUAAGCUUGGAAUUUUUCUUAAUUAUUUUAUUUUCUUCAAAUUUUCAAAGUUACCAAGAAAUGACUUCAAAGUCUUCGGCAUCUUUUCAAGUUAUAGAAGAGGGGGAAGAACAAAAAGAAGAACAACAACCUUCAAUUUCUUCAUCAAAUGCAGACGAGCAACCGCCAGUGAUUGGUGGGGGGACAGAAAUGGGAGAAGCAAUAAUGGAAAUGAUCCGUCCCGCUGUUCAGAAUUUGGAUAAUCAAGUAAAAUGUACAAGGAAAAGUCAAAUAAUGUUGGCUUCCCAUAUUGAUGAAUUAUCGAAAAAAUUAAAGAGUAUUGUGGAUGAACAAACACUUCCGUAUGAUUUGGAUAUUUAUGUGAGGAAAUUGGAAGAUAGCCGUAAACGGAUGACGAGUGUUAACCAGCGGUUGCAGUCUCUUCACACACGUGUAAGUCAACUACAAAGAAGCGCAGCACGCGAGAUUAGUAAACAAAAACAACGUCAAACUCCGGCGCAGCAAUAAAAUAAUUUUUUGUGAAGAAUUUAAGGACAAACUUCAAUUUUUUGAGGAGAAUAUUUUUAAAAAAUAUUAUAUUAUUUUAUUA